CACAGAGACACGUCCAAUCUGGGCUCCAGCAUCCCAGCUCGAGAACGGCGACUGGCUCUCCCGAAGUGCUGAGGAGAGAUCUGCUUUGUUUCCAGCUUCGGUGGGAUUCAGAGAUCUUUGAGCAAUCCCACAUCUGUCAUUGAGAUGAUUUCACUUUUUACCGUGAUUGUCCUUUCCAGUGUAGCUGAUGGCAUCCCCAAAGUCAUGGAAGUGACCCAGCCGGCCUUCCUCGUUGUGAAAAGAGAGGAGGCGGUCCACUUCAUCUGUGAUUACAGCUGCGCCGGGGAUGCAAAGCAGUUCCAAAUCACUUUGCACAGGCGGACAGGCAAUCAGUCUGUCCAGAUCUGCGCCUCGUCCUUCACGACCAAGUAUGAGCCGUCUCUCAUGGAAGAGCCCAUCCGCUGCCAAGUCCGUCCCAGUCACAACAGAGUCAACCUCACCCUUUGGGGACUGCAGGCAACUGACGCAGGUCUUUAUUUCUGCCAGAUGGAGCGGAUUUAUCCCCCGCCUUAUUACCCGGUCAUGGGGUCGGGGACCCAGCUCUAUGUCAUCGACCCAGAACCCUGUGUAGACCUCCACCUUUACCUUUGGAUCGUGACUGCGGUAGCUUCUGGGUUGCUUGCAUACAGCGUUUUAAUCACGGCCUUCCUUUUGAGAAAGGCGGUACUUAAGAGAGUGUAUUCUGUCCCUGGCACCUACAUGAAAAUUGCACCAAUGUAA